AUGUUUACUGGAUUUGGUUCUUUUGGUGGUGCUGGUAGUGCAUCUGAUUUCAUCAAUUUACCACAGAGGUUUGAAUCCUUCUUUAGAUGUUAUCCAAUUUCAAUGAUGAACGAUAGGAUUCGUAAAGAUGAUGCUAACUUUUGGGGUAAAAUAUUUUUGCCGCCAAGUGCUUUGAAUAAGUUGACAAUGUUGAACAUAAGGUAUCCCAUGCUGUUUGAACUGACUUCGAAUGAAACUGGGAAAGUUACUCAUGGUGGUGUUUUAGAGUUUACUGCCGAGGAAGGUAGGGUUUACUUGCCCCAAUGGAUGAUGGAAACGCUGAGUGUGAAAGCAGGUUCGUUGCUAACUAUUGCUACAACUGAUAUACCUCUGGGUUCAUAUGUUAAUCUUGAACCUCAAUCCACUGAUUUCUUAGAUAUAUCAGAUCCGAAAGCUGUUCUGGAAAAUUCAUUAAGAAAUUUUUCAACACUGACAAAAGAUGAUAUCAUUGAAAUAUCAUACAAUAACAAAAUUUAUAGAAUUAAAAUAUUAGAAGUGAAACCUGAAUCACCCCUACAUGGUAUUUGUGUUAUUGAAACAGAUUUAGUGACAGAUUUUGCUCCACCGGUUGGAUAUGUAGAACCUGACUAUAAAGCUAUGCAAAAGGAAAAAGAGGAAAAAAUGGCAAGCAAAGUAAUAAAUUUAUCUGGCCAAACUGUUGGCUCCAUGUCUAGAAGAAUAAAUUAUACCGGCAUUGCACAAGAACAUUUAAAUGAUAGAAAGAGCUUCGCUGGGAUUGGUUCAAAAUUAUCUGGGAAAGCAACGAAAAAGACCGAGCCUGAAGAGAUUGAUGUUUCAAAAAUAUCCCUUGAUGGGGAACCUAGAAGACUGGAUUUGCCAGAAGGUCAAUUAUUUUUUGGCUUUCCAAUAGUACUACCAAAGGCUGAGCAAGAUGAUGAUAACAACAUUCAGGAAUCAAACAAUUUCAUAGGGAAUGGUCAAUCAUUAAGGAAGACAAACAAGAGAAAAGAUAAAAAUACACUUGAGAAAAAUAAACAAAGGCACCGAGAUCUCCUCCUGAAGUAA